AUGCGGGUCCCACUCCGCUCCGCGCCCGUGCUGGCGCUCUGCGCCCUCGCCCUGUUCCGCCUGGGCUGCGCAUCCCCCCGGGCACCCACCCGGGCACCGACCGGAGCAUCCCCCCUGGCAUCCCCCCGGGCACCCACCCCGGCACCCAGCCGGUCCCUGGCCCCUGCCCCGCCGCGCUGCCCUCCGCUGAUGCUGCAGCUGCUCCGCGCCCCUCCCGCCCCGCUCCGCGCCGCCGCCGCCGCCGCUCUCAGCCUCUCCCCGCACGGCUCCCUGCAGAACGGCUCCCGCUGGGCGCUCUCCUUCGACAUGUCCUCCCUGUCCAGCAGCCAGGAGGUGAGCCUGGCCCAGCUCCGCGUCCGCCUGCCCGGGCUGUCCCACUCCCACAACGUGUCCCUGGACAUCUUCCACAGCCAGCGCCGCAGGUGCCGGGGCGACAGGACCUGCGCCCACCAGCUCUUCCUGGGCACCGUGGCCGGCAGCCCCUCUGCCACCCAGGCCUCCUGGGAAGUCUUCGAGGUCACCAACCUGCUCCGGUCCUGGCUCCACCAAGCCGUGGUCCCCGGGGGACAGGAGCGGUGGGAGGCGAACGGCUCGGACGUCCCGGCCACCAGCGCGGUGCACUCGCCCGCCCUGAGCGACGCCGGCCACGGGGAGCCAGCCCUGCCCCAGGACGUGGCAGACAGAGUCCUGCUGCUCGUCUUCUCCACGGACAAGUCUCCAGGAGGCCACAGCCUCAUCAGGACGGCGGAGACCUCCAAGUACAUCAUGCGUGACAGCGGAUCCCAGGGCGGGGGGACGCGCCGGCACCGCAGGAACAGGAUGGAGAAGCAGAGGAUCAAAGCGAGUGAUGCCGCUGCGGCCACGCCACGGGAGGAGGGCAGGGCCCUCUGCAGGAGGGUGGACAUGAUGGUGGAUUUCGAGCAGACGGGCUGGGGCAGCUGGAUCGUCUACCCCAAAAAGUACAACGCCUACCGGUGCGAAGGGCUGUGCCCCUCGCCCGUGGACGAGACCUUCAAGCCCACCAACCACGCGUACAUACAGAGUUUGCUGCAGCUCUACAAGCCCAACCAGGUGCCGUGUCCCGCCUGCUCCCCGGUCAGGAUGAGUCCCCUCUCCAUGCUCUACUACGAGAAGGGCGAGAUCGUCGUCCGCCACCACGAGGACAUGAUCAUCGAGGAGUGCGGCUGCAACUGAGGCCGCCUCGUGCCCUGCUGGGAAGGGGCACAUCUCUGCCCAA